AUGUCGAACCGGGCCGGUGCCAAUGCUAUAGCAAAUUCUGACAAAAAAUGUUCUAAUGAUCUUGAUUGCGACAUAUGCUUGGAGCAAGUGAAAGAUCCAGUGGUAACUUUUUGUGGUCAUCUCUAUUGUUGGUCAUGUAUAUACAAAUGGAUUAAUAGCACAUCAUGGGAACAUAAUGUGAAGCCAGAAUGUCCAGUUUGCAAAGUAGAAAUUUCAGAAUCAACAGUUGUUCCAUUAUAUGGUCGUGGCCAUACAUCAUCAACUGCUCAAGGUGAGGUUCAACGAGAUGGGAGUGUUGUACCACCAAGACCAUCUGGUCCUAGAUCAUUUCAUAGUACUCCAAAUGUUUCAGAACAACCUCAGCAAGAACAAAUUAAUAUCAGAGAAUGGGUUGCACUUUUUCUUAAAAUUUGGCCCAUAUAG